AUGCCGAUUACUGAGGAAAGUUUUCCUUCAGUUAUUGAAGCAAUAAAAUUUUCAUUAGAGUUUAGAUUAUUUGAUAAUGCAUUUAUGCUCUGUGAAGAAGCCAUUUCAUGCAAUUUAUGUCCAGAAAUCAUCGAAUUAUAUGCAAAAUCUUUUUUGGAAAUUGGAUCGCCCAAACAAGCAGCAAUAUUAUGCAAAAAUAACAUUCAUGUAGUUAUGUCAUCUCCAAAUACAAUCAUAAUUUACGCAAAAUCAUUAAUAGAAAGUGGUGAUUUAGUUACUGCUGAGGAUGUUUUAUACAAAUUCCUAUUAUCAUGUAUUGAUAAUAAUAACAUACAAUAUAAGGUCGCAGCUCAAUACUAUUUAGGUCUUAUUAUGAAUCGAACAAGUAGAUUUUCUUCAUCAAAGCCAUUAUUUAACGACUGUUUAUUAUACAAUAAAUAUUUAGUUUCUGCAAGGAAAAAUAUGCUGAUAGACGCUAUCCCUAAAGAAACAAAUGAAAUUCAAAUCUCCGAUAACAUAUCCACUCUAACUUUAUUAGAAAAUCCGCAAAUAAAUCCUGAUGAAAUAGAAUUUCCGCCAAAUUUCCGUGAAUCAAUUCCUUAUCUAAUACAAAAAGGCGAUUAUUAUUUUCAUAGAAGUAAUUUUACAUUAGCGUGCAGAGAAUAUAAGAAACUAUAUGAGAACUAUCCAUAUAAUACUCAUGGCCUUGCAUUUUACUCUACAGCUCUAUGGCAACUGAAAGGUAUUUCAACAUUAACAGAACUUUCAAGAUAUUUGACAUCUAUUGCUCCAGGAUCUGCCGAAACCUGGAUUGUUGUUGGAAAUCUCUCAUCUGCUCAGCACAUGAGCGAUCAAGCCGUAGAAUAUUUCAUCAAAGCUUCAAAAAUUGAUCGUUCUUGUUCAUAUGGUCUUACUCUUGCUGGCCAUGAGUAUUUAAGCCUUGGUCGCGAUAGUGAUGCCCAAGAUAAGUUUAGAGAUGCUGUUUCUCGUUCUCCUUUGGAAUAUUCCGCAUGGUAUGGAUUAGGAACAAUUUUGUACAAAGAAAAGAAAUACGCGGCUGCAAGAUAUUACAUCAGGAAAGCUCAGACAAUCAAUAGAGAUUCAAGUGUAUUGAUGUCUAUCCUCGCUCAAACGGAGUUGAUGUGUGGAGAUUCUGAUGUUGCAAUUGAUUUGUUCAAGAAAUCAGUUGCAAUGGAUAAAACUAACUAUGCUGCAAAAUUCCAGUUAGGAUGCGCAUACCAAGAUAUUCAGAAGCUGGAAGAGGCAAAAGAAGAAUUCUCACAAGUUGCUUCUUUUGCUCCUGAUGAACCAAUGGCUUUGUUCAAACUUGGUCAAGUUUUCAUGCAACAGGAAAAUUUCGAUAUCGCUCUUCAUUACUUUGUUGAAGCUUUGAUAUAUGGAUAUCCUAUCAAAACAGAUAUAUAUGAUGAAAUAGAAAGUAUUAUAGAUGAUAUUAUAAAGAAAUGUCUUAAAUAA